CUUCACGACAACCUCGCAAGUUGCUUGAGCCCCAUCUUAUCUUCAACUUCAUUGUCUGUCCCUUGACCAGUCGCUCAUAUUGGCAUUGUCUACCUAAAAAUAUUCCUUUGAGACAGCAAACAUCCAGUAAUCACCCCAAACACAUCCUAGAAAUGCCUCCCGCAGGAGCUGCCUUUGUGGCCAAACUCAAGGUCCAACUGAAACUGGCCAUCGCCAGACUGCGCAUGGUCCAGAAGCGGGAUGAAGCCCUAGCCAAGACCCAGCGACGGGCUAUGGCGCAGUUGCUAGAUGUUGGCAAGGAGGACUCGGCCCGCAUCCGCGUCGAGAACAUCAUCCGAUCAGACAUCACUACCGAGCUCCACGAGAUUCUGGAACUCUACUGUGAACUCUUGCUCGCUCGCGCUGGCCUAUUAGAGGCGCCCACAUGCGACCCUGGUCUCGAGGAGGCCGUCAAGAGCAUCAUCUACGCCGCGCCCAAGACCGAGAUCAAGGAGCUUCACCAGGUACGGACGCUGCUCGCAGAGAAGUUUGGCAAGGAGUUUGCGCUGCAGGCUGUGGAAAACUCGGACGGCAAGGUGUCGGAGAAGGUUGUCAAGAAGCUCAGCGUGACACCGCCACGGGAGGAGCUUGUUGUCGGCUACCUAGAGGAGAUCGCAAAGGUAUAUGGCGCGAACUGGCCGAAGAAGAAGGCGGACUUGGGCGACCCGCCUGACGUUAUGGACGACGAUGAGAACCCGAGCGGUGGACAGGCUCAGAAGAACCUCGAGGCACCUUUAAAGGCGGAAGAUAAGGAGGCUGAGGCUCAGGAGGAGCUUAGCAAGGCAACGCCACCAGUGUCAUUUGGACCUGCGAGCCCACUACAUGUCAACCCACCACCGCCGUCAACCGACAAUAUCCACCCCAAAGUCACGUUGAACCACCAGCAAUUACAACCAAAGCAACCUCCGGCGAGUGGUGGAGUUGUCAAGAAGGCACCUGCAAAGGGGAGUAUUGCGGACGGCAUUCCUGACGUGGAUGAGCUGGCUAAGCGGUUUGCGGCUUUGAAGAAGUAGGAUGGUUUUUGGGUGUGAUGUGUACUUUGCCAAGCGAUUUCUGGCCUUGCAGAGUCAAGAUACGAAGUAUGGGAACGGAUCUUUGUAGCGGUUCUUGUCGGCCUAUGUCUUUUCAAGCGACUCAAUAUCAUUUCGAAUAUUCUCGUACGUGGGCUUCUUGCUUGGUGU